GCCAUAAUUCUUCCAGAGAGUGAUUCAUCUCAUUUUAAGAAAUGGCUGAGGAAAAGAAAGCUGCACGUAGACACUAUCUACUCUGUCCAGUUUGUUUGAAGACCCAAGACUCUCUAUCCUGUCACCUGCGCAGAGUCUGCAUGAAGGAUAAGACUGGUCCACAGAUCCUAGAGGUGGUUGAAAAGGCCAAGAAUGAUGUAUGUGACCUCCUGAAGAAUGGACGGGCUUUUAGUUAUAAAGUCCUGAAGCAAAUCGUCUCAUCACCAAAUCCACUCGAAGGAUUGAUUGAGGAGCUGAAAUACCAUCACUUGUUUGUGACUGGAGCCCCUUCUUCUCUGCCCAUUGAUGAUCCAACUUUGGUCACUGAACGCCCUGCGGAUGCCCCCGGAGAGGCAGAGCCAUCUGAUGUGGAAUCUUGCAGCAGCGGUGAGCUGUUUCAAUGCAGACAAGAGAGAACGUAUUCCAAAGACAAAAUUGUGCAAAAGAGGCAUGACUUGUUGUUUGACAAAAGUCAACCCACACCUCGAGAAUGCUUGGCUGUUCUUCAUGAAGCUGAAGGUGACAUAGUGAAAAUCAUGAAUCAACUUGAUGACACUUCUUCUUCCUCCCUGAGUAUGACUCAGUGCCUAACUGUCCUUUACUAUCUUGAGGCAAUUGUCAUACUAGGAAACUGCCAAAGGCCAUGUGUGGUGCAGAGCAUGCGGGUCUCUGAAUGGCUUGACCGAAAACAAGCAGAGGAAUGGACGAUCGUUUCUGUAAAGGACCACAAGACGGCUGGACAUUUCAUGGUCUCAAUUGCCCUGUCAAAGAAGGAGGAGGGGUGGUUUGAGAAAUAUUACAACAAAGUGCGGCCACAGCUCCUUGCUGGCGAAAGGAAACGUAAGAGAGAUGAGCAGGAUGAGAAGGAUGGAGACGCUUUUUUCUUUGUGUCCUCCAGCGGUAGGCCAAUUAACAAUGCAGAUGGUGACCUGAUAAAGCUCCAGAAAAAGUACAACGUCCCCCAGGUGAGCAGCCAGGUUGUACGGAGGGUAUUUGAGACAGCAGCUAACCGCAUGGAUGACUCUCAGAAGAAAGCAAUGUCUGACUACAUGAAUGGAUCAUGGAUCAUGGAGAAAUGAAGGAUGUGAUCCUUUUCAUUGCAACCAAGGACUUGGCAGUGGGUGAGGAAGUUCUGUUUGACUAUGGAGUCAACAAAAAAUCUUUUAAUAAUUAGGGGAUGGACCUUCCCUGGCUCUAGAAGUGCAUCAGCCUUCAGAAACACUGAUGACAUGUCCCUAGAUGGUGAAAUGUUUCAUCUAUGUGUUUGUUUGUGCUGAUGGCCCUUUAAAGGAUAUGGAUGAGGACUCAAUUCGUACUAUGAGCCGUUUGGUGAAAUGUUUUAUAUGUGUUUUUAGUGCUGAUUUUUGUUGUGUCGCUGUUUUGCAACUUAAAAAAUAAAAGCAGAUUUUCUUGUGUAACUUUACCUCAAGUGUCUCAUUUUGGUAAA